UCCCCGCUGUUUUUUGGAUUAUUAUUCUUCUGGUUGUCGGAGAGCAAAGUGGAAGGAAAACAUCUCUGUUUCAAAGAUUGUGACCAUGGGUUCAGUAAGGCGCACCAGAAGUUGCUGCGCUCUUUGAUUUCACCCAGACACCCGCCCGUCCAGCCCGUCCAUCACCCGGCGGGAUCCUGCGAGGAUUUUGUCCGCACUGCCUCCGAUGAUCUCAAACAUCGCUCGCUGUCCCCCUGGCGGACAAGUAUAUCUCUUGUAUUCUUCAGAACUGUGGAAAACCCAGACAUGUACCCCUCAAAAUAUGAGGAAGCGCAGUGUUUGUGUGAUGGCUGCAUCAUUAACGGGGAGUUAAACAGAUCCUACAACUCUGUGCCUGUGUUCAAAACUCAUGUAUUCCUGAAGAAGCACCCAUGCCCGUCUGACCCGGAUAAAUACUCCUUCACAUUUGAACAUGUGCAAGUGCCUGUGGCCUGUACCUGUGCAGUGCCUAAACAAUAA